CGCAUCGCCAGCCGUCCUAGUCGGAAACGUCACCUUAGAAGUUAAUUACUAUAUUUGGGCUGUUUCUUGAACUUGAAGCUUGCUUCAUUCUCAAGUGACUGCCACUGCUCAUAAAGCAAGAAAGGCUUGUUCCAUAUCAAGUCCUUUCGGGUGUUCGAUCAAUAUGGCGAGUACAGCGCAUACCACGGCCAGCGGUACAAUUUACCAUCCGGCGGAGACAUUCGAUAUUCCCCGAUUGGACUUAUUGUCCCUUCUAUUUGACUCGAAAUGCACCGAUUCUCAAGAAGACACUGUCAUACAUGCAUCUGCUGCCAAUCCAUCUAUCGCGUUAACCAAAGCCGAAUUGAGAACACAAACCCGUCGAACUGCUCACAUGCUCCGCAGCACCUACGGCAUUGGUGCGAACGGACCUAACAAAGACAUUGUCACAGUAGUCUCAACCGGCAGCCAAUUCGUCCCACUCCUCUUCUACGGUAUAAUCGCCGCCGGUGGCGUGUUCUCUGCUGUCAGCCCUGCAAGCACCACAUCCGAACUCGCCCGCCUUAUCUCCACCGCAGGAAGCAAAUGCAUCAUCUGCAACGAAGCCACCAAAGAUCUCACCAUUCAAGCCGCCGGUGAAGCCGAUCUACCGUACGACUCAGUAUGUGUCAUCAGCGAGGGUGCCACAUGGAGUGUUCGCAAGCUCGGACACGAGCAGAAUCUUAUCACCACACAGGAGCUCGAUUGGCAGCGCAUCACAGAUCUGAAGACACUCGAGGAGAGCUUGAUUGUGCUAAUUUAUUCGAGCGGCACCACAGGCCUGCCCAAAGGCGUGUGUCUCUCGCACACCAAUCUUGUCUCGGAAGCCGUCGUAACUCUCGAACUCACGAAGAAGCGCUACAAGAUAGUCGGCAAGGAGAACUUCCAGUAUCGCACUCUGGCCCAUUUGCCCAUUGCUCAUAUUGCGGGCAUUCAGGGGUACUUCAUUAACCCUUUUUAUAUGAACGGAACGACAUAUUGGAUGUCCAAGUUUUCUUUCCCCGAGUUUCUUGAGUACAACAAGAAAUAUAGGAUCACGUUCUUCUUCACUGUACCACCUAUCUAUCUACUCAUUGCCAAAAGCCCUCUGGUCAAGGAUCAUUUUGAUACAUUGGAGCACGCAGUUAGUGGAGCGGCGCCCCUGGGCAAAGAGUUACAGUAUGCAGCUAGUGCGAAGUUAGGGAAAGGGAAAACGUUUGUGAGUCAAACAUGGGGGUUAAGUGAGACUACGGGGAGUAUCACGGCUAUGCCGUAUGGUUUGAAUGAUGAUACAGGCAGCGUGAGUAGCUUGGUGCCGAACUGCUAUGCGAGAGUUGUCGACGAAACCGAGAAAGAUGUACCCGUCGGCGAGCGCGGUGAGCUCUGGGUUAAAGGCCCGGUCGUGACGAAGGGCUACUACAGUAAUGCUGAUGCAAAUGCUGACGCAUACACUGAUGGCUGGUUCCGCACUGGUGACAUCGGCUACUUCGCCAACGGGCUUUUCUACUGCGUUGAUCGCAUGAAGGAACUCAUAAAAUACAAAGGCCUCCAAGUCGCCCCCGCUGAGCUCGAAGCCUUGCUCCUCACGCAUCCGCUUAUCGCUGACGCCGCCGUUAUCGGUAUCACCACUGAGGACGGCACAAAUGAACUCCCGCGAGCCUAUGUCGUUGCAGAUAAUUCCGCCAUUAGUGAAAUGGACAUCAAAGACUGGGUGGCAACUAAGGUCGCUGGCCAUAAGCAAUUGAGGGGUGGUGUAGUAUUCGUGGACGUGAUACCGAAGAGUCCGUCGGGGAAGAUCCUGAGGAAGGACUUGAGGGCACUCGCAAAGAGAGUUGAUGGGGCGAAGCUUUGAGAAUUUUCUAGCAGUAUGGAUUCUGGAUUCGAAUGUAGACCCGCGCCUGGUGAAGAUCGAUGAUGUAAUAUGUCUCCGUAUUCUUGUAGUAGAUAUACUGCUUGUCUUGCUAAGACGAUAGGGUCAGUCCAUACAAGAGCCUCCUUGUCUCUGUGCAUAC